AGAUAGAACGGCUAUUCUUUUCCAUUAUAAAGCUCAUCAUUCCCUCUCUACGUCUCACACACGAACUCCGAUUCCGUUUUCUACUGUUCACACCGUAAAGAGAGGAAGAAAAAUCAUGGGUUUCUGUAGAUCACCUUCAACCAUGGCGAUCUUCCUCUUAAUGUUGAUGAUAUUCACGCUGUCGACUGCCUUGGACAUGUCGAUCAUCGCAUACGGCGUCGGGUCGAAUCCGAGGACCGACGGCGAAGUGAUGACGAUAUACGAGGCGUGGCUUGCGAAGCACGGCAAGGCUUACAACGCCAUCGGGGAGAAGGAGAAGAGGUUCGAGAUCUUCAAGGACAAUCUCCGGUUCAUCGACGAGCACAACGCUGCAGAGAAGAACCGGACCUACAAGCUCGGCUUGAACCGGUUCGCCGAUCUGACUAACGAGGAGUACCGGGCAACGUACUUGGGAGCGAAGUCCGGUUCUGAGAGGAGGCUUUCGAGGCCGAGGAGUGACCGAUAUGAGCCUCGUGUCGGCGAGAAGUUGCCACAGUCCGUUGAUUGGAGGAAAGAUGGUGCCGUUGUUGGCGUCAAAGACCAAGGGAGUUGUGGGAGUUGCUGGGCAUUCUCCACGAUCGCUGCUGUGGAAGGGAUAAACCAGAUAGUGACAGGGGAUCUAAUCUCACUCUCGGAGCAGGAAUUGGUGGACUGUGAUACAACUGAUAAUCAAGGAUGCAAUGGGGGUCUAAUGGACUCUGCUUUUGAAUUCAUCAUCAACAAUGGUGGCAUUGACACUGAAGAAGAUUAUCCUUAUCAUGCUGCUGAUGGAAGAUGCGACACUUACCGGAAAAAUGCCAAGGUUGUUACAAUUGACGAUUAUGAAGAUGUUCCUGCAAACAACGAGAAAGCACUACAAAAGGCAGUUGCUAAUCAGCCUGUGAGUGUUGCCAUCGAAGCAGGGGGCAGGGAGUUCCAGCUUUAUGAGUCGGGUGUCUUCACGGGAAAAUGUGGGACAGCACUGGACCAUGGAGUUACUGCUGUUGGGUAUGGCACAGAAAAUGGUGUUAAUUACUGGAUUGUGAAAAAUUCAUGGGGUGCAAACUGGGGAGAGGCGGGCUAUAUCAAGAUGGAGCGCAAUCUGGUGGGCACAGCAACUGGCAAAUGUGGUAUUGCAAUGAUGGCCUCUUACCCUAUCAAGAAAGGCCAAAAUCCCCCCAAACCUGGCCCAUCUCCACCAUCACCAAUAAAGCCCCCGACUGUCUGUAACAGCUAUUUCUCCUGUCCUGAGAGCAACACCUGCUGCUGUGUUUAUGAGUAUGCAAACUAUUGUUUGGCAUGGGGAUGCUGCCCACUCGAGGGUGCCACCUGCUGUGAUGACCAUUACAGUUGCUGCCCGCAUGACUAUCCCAUCUGUAACAUCAAUGCAGGGACCUGCUUGAUGAGCAAGGACAACCCAUUGGGAGUGAAGGCACUGAGGCGCACUCCUGCUAAACCUCAUUGGGCCUUUGGAAGUGAUGGCAAGAGGAGCAGCGUUUAAGCGGAUGUUCAACCUGGAACUGUGACAAGUUAAGGAUGAUGAAAGAAUCAUACACAGUACUUUUGAUAUUCUUAAUUUAUCCUUCUUGGUACCCAAUUGUCCAUCAUUAAGAUACCAAUAGAUGGAUGGUCUAUUUAAGAUUAUUUAGAUACAUAUUAUGUGCAUAUAGGGCUCUAUUUGUUUCUGCUUGAUUCAACAACCAACAGACAGAUUAUUAUCAGUCUUCAUUCGCCUCUGUAAAUUUAAUUUGUCAUUCAGCCAUGGCUUUAAUGAAUUGCUUCAAUGUU